CCGGCUGCGGGGAAACGGAAGCGGAAGUGCCGCCAUCUCCUCGUACCAUCCGAGCAACAGAAGGGUCAGUAGAGACGUUAUUUGCGAAAGUAGCGCUAUUAUAUUAGUAUAAGCGGCUGUAUGACACGUUAUAUGUGUAAAUGACGAGCACGACUCGAAGGGCGAUAGUUGUGAAGGAAAACCGCACUCAGCCGCGUCUCUUUAUGAGUCGAGUUAGCAUAACGCGGCGCUCGAGUCUCUAAAUGAGUGUUUUUAAUUUAGUCCCUUCACUCCCGUCUUCACCUAUAAUAACCCGCUUUCUGCUGCUCUGCUGGAUGUCUGGUCGUGUUUGAGAGGAAGACCAGAAGCUCAGCGUUAUUUCACCCCACAUCUGUGCUUCUGGGCCCUCAUGUGGCCGCUGUGCGGAGGUUUGGAACAGUGGACAGGCUAAACACUCAGAGACCCCGACCUGAGCGCGCACACACAGAGAGAUCGAGAGGGGGGGAGAGAGACUGACACUCCCAGAUUUUGCAGAACCUGAUAGUCAGCCUGUUGCCAUGUCGACAUCAUCGCUGCGGCGACAAGUGAAGAACAUUGUUCACAAUUACUCCGAGGCAGAGAUAAAGGUUAGGGAAGCAACCUCUAAUGACCCAUGGGGUCCCUCUAGCUCUCUGAUGUCAGAGAUUGCUGAUCUGACAUACAAUGUAGUGGCCUUCUCAGAGAUUAUGAGCAUGGUCUGGAAGAGACUCAAUGACCAUGGGAAGAACUGGAGACAUGUAUAUAAAGCUAUGACUCUGAUGGAGUAUCUGAUAAAGACGGGUUCAGAGAGAGUGGCACAGCAAUGCAGGGAAAACAUCUACGCCGUUCAGACUCUCAAAGAUUUCCAGUACAUUGACAGAGAUGGCAAGGAUCAGGGUGUGAAUGUACGGGAAAAGGCCAAGCAGCUGGUGACUUUGCUAAAAGACGAGGAGAGGCUACGAGAGGAGAGGGUCCAUGCACUCAAGACCAAAGAGAAGAUGGCACAGACUAGCAGUGCAUCUUCGGCCCCUUCUGCUCCUGCUUUAGGGGGAGGACUGCACUCGGGAGCAGACGCUGAGCAGGCGUGGCCCCAGAGCACUGGAGAGGAGGACCUGCAGCUCCAGCUGGCACUGGCCAUGAGCAAGGAAGAGGCGGAUCAGACUAGCAAAGACCCUCUGGAAGAUGCAGAGCUCCACUACGUACUCACAGUCAGCCAGGAGACUCACCAAAAGGAGGAGCGUCUGCGCAGGGGAGACGACCUGAGGCUGCAGAUGGCCAUCGAGGAGAGUAAGAGGGAGAAAGCCAAGCCCGAGGAGUCGUCUUUGAUGGAGUUGAGUGCCGUAGAUCCAUGGGGGGCCCCUGCAACGGGCUCCGCCGGACCCUCUCCGCCUCCCGCUUUGGCUCUGGAGUCUACCGCUGGGCCAUGGGGCCCUGCCGACCCGUGGGGAGCCGCUUCCCCCGCCUCUCCCCCGAGUGCCGACCCCUGGGGAGGAGCAACAGUAGCCCCGGAUCCAUGGGGUGACUCGUCCUCUAGAGUGAACUCUGACCUCUGGGCGUCCACAGCUGUGACCCCUCCAAGUGCCGACCCUUGGGCUGCCUCAGUGGCUCCGGCCCCUACCCCGCUCUCAGGGUCAACCGAUCCCUGGGCAGUGGAAGGAGCAGCCACUGACGGUCUGACCUCUGACCCCUGGAGUGGCUCAGUUAAACAAACUAACGGCACAGCAGAUCCAGAGAGAAGAGGCUCCUCAGUGACAGGAUAUGAUGCUGGAGGUGGAGGCAGCACAGGCUCUCCAGUGCCCUUUGACCUUUCGUCGUUCAGUUCCUCCUUGCCUGUUCGAAAAACGCCAGAGUCAUUUUUGGGUCCCAAUGCUGCACUCGUGGAUUUGGACUCACUAGUAUCAUCAAAACCCAAACCUAAACAACCACCACCGCCAAGCAUCUCCUCCACAUCUCACAACCCCUUCCUACAGACACAGGGUCCCUCCUCAACAGGAAUGGGAGUUACCCCAGGCAGUACCAUUUCCAGUAGAGGGGUGUCUCCGACGCCACCUUCUGCUUCUAAUCCUUUUGGCGCGACCCCGAUGGCAUCCAUCUCCCCUCAACCUUCUUCGCUCGGUCUGAGCCAGCUCCGUACAAGCCCCAUUCCCCAGAAUCCUAUGCUGGGUCACAUGCCUCCACCAGCAGUGGGAAUGAUUCAGCCGGGGAUGGGCAUGCCAGGAAUGGGGGUCCCUAUGGCGGCCCCUGGUAUGGGCAUGGGAAUGGUACAGUCCAGCCCAAUGGGCAUGCCUUUUGGUGGAAUAUCCCCCAUGGGUCCCGCAGGAAAUCCCUUGCUGAUGGGCCCUAGUGGCCCUGCGCAGCCUGCACUGAUUUUGGGCGGGCCGUCGGGGGUGGGCGGAUUGAUGGGAACAGGAGGAUCUAUGGGAGGUGGAACAACAGGCACAAGCACCAAUCCUUUCCUUCUUUGAGAGAUUUCUCCAAUCCCACGUGCCCUGUCAACUAAAUCCAACCAAUCCAAACCUGCCCUACCAACACAAACAGUUUGUGUUUGACAAAAAAGAAAUGUGUAUACAUCUCUAUAUUUAAUGAAAAAGUAAAAACAAAAAUGUGUUAUUUUCUUUCACAAAACAGCAUUUCAUUUUAUUUUACACAGUAUUUGAAGUCUAUUUAUUUCCCUAUUAGUUCAAUUUUUUCUUUGACAGACAUGGAUGAUUGGUGGGUUCAUUCAAUGAAUGCAGGCUGUUAAUAUUGUUAUAUUAUUAAGAUGAUUGUUAUUUUUCAGAAACAUGAAGAUAAGGGAGGAGGAAAACAAGCCACUAAUGAACUCCAUCAUAUACCCCUUUCUCCCCCUUUCAUUGAGCCGGUGACCCUCUGAUGAAAGAGUGCAUGAAGGAUGACUGUGACGGGCUCGCCCUGAACAGACUGAGAAGAAUUCAGCUGUCCAUUUUAUUCACAACUCUAGUAAAAAAUAAAUAAAAAUCAUUCGAUAGAUGUAUUACUUUUAAUUUAAUUUAAUGUGUAAUCUUGUGUAAUUUAUUUUAAUCGUAUGUCUCCGAUUCCUGGGAUCGAUUAAACCAAGGAAUAUCGCACUGGAAAUUGCCAUUGAAACAGAUGCCUGCUUGGUCUCCUUCGACCACCUGCGAAAUUUCAGUCCACGUCAAGUGGUACACAUGAAGAGAUGCUGUGUGUGAGUGAGAGAGAGAGCUUGUAUGAUGUGUCCAUUGUUUUCACACGGUCCUCUGCUGUGCUUCUGAUGGGGUUUUAUCAGCAUAGUCUCACUUUCAGCACUCUUAACUGGUUAUAAAGGUCCUUCUUUUCACACAUUUAUUUUUGCAGUUGUAAGAAUCAAAGCAUUAAUUCGACACCUGUUCACGUGAGAAUCAGCCUGUCUUUGCAUUUCCCUUCAGCACAUUUUUUCCUUGAACAUUUACACAGAAAGUGGGAAAGUGUUGACGCUUCUGAAACUGAAAAAGAAAAUUACCUGAAUGAUUAUGUGAAAUCAUAUACAUUUGGGGACUGAAUGACAUGAUCCAUGCUGUUAUUCUUUAUUUACUUUCAAAGAAUUAUUUUAUAUAUAUGAACAUUUUAGAGGUAUUUCUCUAUUGGCUAUGGUCAAAAAUUGUGUGGUGUUGACUGUGAACAUUCACAUUUAAAAAUAAAAUGGAGGAAAAAAAAUAAAAGAAAUAAAAAAAA